AUGGCAUUAAAGACCUACGGCGAUAAACCGAUAAGCUUUCAGGUGGAAGAAAAUGGCGAAUAUUACUGCGUCGGAUCGGAGGUUGGAAAUUACUUGCGCCUCUUUAGGGGCAGUUUGUACAAGAAGUAUCCGGGCAUGUCCCGGCGCUUACUGACCAACGAAGAGCGUAAACGUUUGUUGGAUUCUGGCAUCAGCAACCACCUGCUAUCCAGUUCCGUUUCACUGCUAAAAGCGACCGAAGUACAGGAUGUACUCGAUGGAAAUGAUGAAAAGUAUAAGGCCGUGUCUGUGCACACCUCGGAGCCUCCAGCACCGAGAGAAAGCAAAUCAAGCAAGAAGCAACCGCCGUGGGUUCCAACAAUGCCUAAUUCGAGCCAUCUGGACGCAGUCCCGCAGGCGACACCUAUUAAUCGGAACCGUGUAUACAACAAAAAGGUGCGCACGUUUCCGAUGUGCUUCGAUGACACUGAUCCGACGCUGAACGUGGAGAAUGCAUCUCAGAGCGAAAUUUUGGUUCCAAUUCGUCUGGAUAUGGAAAUCGAAGGACAAAAACUGCGGGAUACGUUUACGUGGAACCGAAACGAAUCCAUGAUCACACCGGAACAAUUUGCAGAAGUGCUGUGCGAUGAUCUGGACCUCAACCCAACGCCGUUUGUUCCAGCGAUUGCGGCCGCCAUAAGGCAGCAGAUUGAGGCGUACCCGAACGAGCCGGUCGUUCUGGAGGAAGGUUCCGAUCAGCGUGUUUUGGUGAAGUUGAACAUUCAUGUCGGAAAUACGUCACUGGUCGAUCAGGUCGAAUGGGAUAUGGCUGAGAAAGAGAACAACCCGGAGGAGUUUGCAAUUAAACUGUGCGCAGAGCUAGGAUUGGGGGGCGAGUUUGUUACGGCCAUCUCGUACUCUAUUCGUGGCCAACUGUCGUGGCAUCAGCGCACCUAUGCGUACAGUGAAACUCCACUAGCCACGGUGGAAGUUCCUUUCCGAACACCGAGCGAGGCCGAUCAGUGGGCACCAUUCCUCGAGACGCUUACAGAUGCCGAAAUGGAAAAGAAGAUACGUGACCAGGAUCGAAAUACACGACGGAUGCGACGUUUGGCUAAUACCUUUACCUAA